AUGGUUUCAUUUUCUUCCCAUUUUCUACACGAUGUCGAAGGUUUGGCCAAGGCUCCGAAGAAGCCAUUUCGGCUCGUCCCGAAACACCAAAAAGGGACUGGGGACAUGGGGUGCGCGUCUGUGAAGGUCCAGGAGGAUCUAUGUGACCUUGAUGAUGUGAGGAGAAUUCCAGGCAAAGGCAUUCAUGCGCACAAUUUUUCGAUACCUGCAGAUGAGGGCUUAAAGCUGCAAGAGGAAGAGGAAGAGGAUGAGGAGGAAAUUGCACAACGGUUGUCCCUUCAUUCAUGGACAUUGAAGGGAGUCCGCGGUGUACCUUUGCCACCCAAUGGAGAGAUGCAUCAGAAGCACGUCAAGAAGCUGGACGCGUAUUUGGAGACUGUCUCCGCUGAAACGUUGAGCCGUGAAGUAUCAUGGAAGCGCUUGGUUCACAAAAGGCGAUACCAGGAAGCUUUCCAAUGA